CCGUCCACAUCUCAUUGCUCUCACCCUCUCAGCUCAUACGCGCGUCUUGGCUUGGUCUCGCUCCCCCCGUCACGGCGUCUUGGAGGUGUUCACGACGUAGGUGUGCUGUCUGCAAGGGUUCCAUUCACCAGAGGUCGACUCUUCCCAUUCAAGGCUGCACAUGCGAACUAAAGCGCAGCCCUUGCUGUCUUUGUGCAAUGGACCUCCGAUCGCCCACGUUCAAUUGUUCCAACCCCAGAACCCAUGAGCAUUCCUCCUCUUCAGACUUCGGCGACUUCCACUCCGCGCCAGUGGCCUCGUCUCCGACUUCAACCACGUCGCCGAUGUCAAUCAACGCACGGCAUCUUCAUGGCGCCGCUAACCUUGACUCUGGCGAUCUUCUAAUGUCCUUCGAUGAGGUGGACGAGCGUCCCUCGCGCCCGUCCUCCUCCUCUCGCAGCACGCAGCCUCGUGUCGACUUGUUAUCAGACGAGCCCGAUUUUGGACAGGCCUCGCGACGCUCGGUGGAGACCUCGCCGACUCGUUCCCGCAACCGACCCCUUCGUGGACGACGCUCCUUUUCCACCUUCACUGGACCCAGCUCUCCGCCAAGGGUGUCCGAGGCUGGCGCCGAUAUUAUUUUUCAUUCUCCCUACCGCGUCGGAAGCCACAGUUCGGCCGCAAAGUCUCUCAGGAGAAUGUCAUCACAAGGCUCAGCACUCGACUUUGAGCGCUCGCUCACAGAUGACCCAUCAUGGAAUAAUGGUGGGUCUUCAUUCGGACCUCGGCCUCCUCCAGUCCCAGAGUCCUCAGAUUCCUCAUCCAAUCGGCCCCGAUCUCUUGUCGACGCUUUGUCCACGUCCAAGCUCGCCACUAGAUGGAAGCGAUCUGUUCUCGGUCCGAAUCUCAUACAACAGCUCGCUGGGGAGCCUGAACCUCCAUCACGGACUGCCGUUCCUAUUGAUGUAAGCCACACCUCUCCCUUUGCGACUCGUGACCAGAUUGCGGGGACCUAUGUACCCCCGACUGGCGCUCCAGGAUUUCGAGAUGUCGGUGAUGGUCGCUGGGACGAGGACUCGGACAUAUCGGGUUUGAAGCUCUCAGGCCGGCGUGAGAAUACCACACCUGUAUUAUCUCAGGCCCAGGCAGAAGCUGUAAGCGUACUGCGAGGUGAAUCGAUACUGACAUGUUAGCUGCAGCCACAUUUGCCCGCUCGACAGCGAAUCUACGACACAUGGAACUUGCUUUGUAGGUGCCCCAUUGUCGUACACCCUUUGCUUACAUGCUGUCUCUUUGGACCAACACGGAGCGUCUCUUUCCUCGCUUU